GGUUUGAAUCGGGGGCGAAAGCGACCCGGAGAGAGUUGUUGCGGGUGGGGCCGUGGAGAGAGGAGCUAGCGGGAGAGAAACGCAAAGCGGAGCGCCAGCCGUAAGCGGAGCCGCCAUGAACAGAGCUCGGACAAGGCAGAGCGAGGUGCUGGCGGCCGAGGUCGUGACGGCCCUGACCGAAGCCAUGGAGACGCUGCGGGAGAUCUGGGAGGAGAUCGGAAUCCCGGAGGAGCAGCGCCUGGAGCGUACCCGUACGGCCAAAAAUCACAUCAAGGAGCUUCUGGAUGAGAUGGUGGCAGAGGAGAAGGACCUGAAAGAGCGUCUUCUGAAAAGCAUUGAGCUGUGUCAGGAGAAGCUUCGUAGCCUCUGUGAGGACCUGCAGCUGGAGCCCUUUUCGACAGAGGAGGAAGGCACCAUUCUGGAGAGAGAGAAGAGCUUGAGGACACGCAUGGAAGUGCUGCUGAAGCAGAGGUGGGACAGGAAGCAGGAGCUGAAGAACCUGCAAGAGCAGGAGCAGGACCUGUGUGACAUCCUGUGCACCACUCCGUUCUCCAUCGAUGCCAAGGCUGUGCCCAGCCUGGAGGAGCUGGAUCGCUAUCGGCGUCACUUGGCCUCUCUGGCUGCUGAGAAAGAGCAAAGGCAGGAAGAGUUUGUGCGCAGCAGGCGGCAAAUCACCCUUCUGAUGGAGGAGCUGGAGCACAUUCCAGACACCAGCUUUGAGAGGGAUGUGGUGGAUGAGGAUGUGGAAGCCUUUUGCCUGUCCACGGACAACCUCGCUGCCCUCCAGGAGCUGCUGCGGCAGCUGGAAGCUCGUCGGGCCCAGAACGAAGCUGCAUGCACAGAGCUGCGCUCCAGGAUCACGCAGCUUUGGGAGCGCCUGCAGGUGCCCGUGGAGGAGAGAGAAACUUCUGCAGUGCAUGUGCCUGGGUGCAGAGCCAGGACCAGGAAUGCUCUGCAGUUGGAAGUGGAGCACCUGGAGGAGCUGAAGGUGCAGAACAUGAAGGCAGUGAUUGAGGCGACCCGGGCAGAGCUGGCUGACUACUGGGAAAGGUGUUUCUACAGCCAGGAGCAGAAGGAGGCCUUCAGCCCCUACUGUGAAGAGAGCUAUACAGAGACCCUGCUUGAGCUCCACGACGCUGAGGUGGUGAAGAUGAAGCACUAUUAUGAAUCACACAAAGACCUUUUUGAGGCUGUGCAGAAGUGGGAGCAGAACUGGAAGCUGUUCCUGGAGCUGGAGAGGAAGGCAACUGACCCCAGCCGCUUCACCAACCGUGGGGGCAACCUGCUGAAGGAGGAGAAGCAGCGAGCAAAGCUGCAGAAGGUGCUGUCAAAGCUGCAGGAGGAGCUGGAGGUCAAGACCCAGGCUUGGCAGCAGGAGCACCAGGCAGUUUUCCUGGUGAAGGGGCAGCAGUUUAUGGAGCAUGUGAAAGAGCAGUGGCAGCUGUACCACCUGGAGAAAGAGAAGGAGAAGCAGGAGAGGCAGCUGAAGAGGAUCCGUGAGACUGAGAUGCAGAUGCUGGAUGGAAUCUCCUCACUGAUGCCAUCAAAACGCCAGAUGCUUGGCCCCCACGUGCCUGGCAAAGCAAGGAAGCUCAGGCCAGCUCGGACCCCUGGCCCUGUGACCCCGAAGACCCCUCGGGCUGGAUACAGGGAGCAGAACAAGGAGAACGUGGCCCAGCAGCACGGAACCACCCUGAGCAGUGGGUGCACCCCUGGAGCCCCUGCCCAGCAGAACCUUGGUGUUAAUUCUGUUCCCAGCACCUAUUCUGUGUUUGCGCGUGACCUUUCGAAGGCAUCGAGGUCCGACACCAUCCUCAACUCCACCGCCACCACUGCCUCCUGCCGCGGCGCUGCUGCCGCCGCCUCUAACUGCCUGUAGCCGCCAGGCGGCGCUGCUGGGUCAGAGCUCAGGCAGCUGCUGCCCCUCUGCCUGCGUCCCCCGCGCCCUGGGCUCGCCCUGGCUGCAGGCUGGGCACGGUGCUGAGGGGUCCCCCAGCAGCUGCAGGGCUGGGGAUGCAGGGGAGGUGCAGGGGGAUGGAAGGUGAGGGGCUUGAGCAGCAGGGCACUUUGUCCAGGGUGAGCAAGAGCUGUUUUAUGGGAGUAGGUGUUGCAGAAAAUAAGUGUUUAAAAAGAAGGAUUUAAUAAAGGUUGCAGUCCAUGUUCCCA